AUUCAGGUAUUUAGCUGAUAUUUCCCAGGAGAGGUCAUAACCAUCAUUUAAAAGUGUCUAACUUGUCUUGUAUUGGGUUGUGCUCUUGUCUCUCUCACACCCAUUGAGAUGAGGGUGACUGACAUCAGUAAGGAAAUUUAUUUUUCCUACUUGAGCAGACAAGUGGCAACCAAAAUGCUUUAUUUUUUCCACUGAAUAUAGUGUUUUUACUGUUUAUUAGUAUAUCUUCCUCUCCCUUAGCUAUUUCUAUUUCUGUAUCCAAGCCCAACCCCAUGCCUUUUCAGAACUUUUCAUCUUGGCUCUUCUUUGCUCUUUAACCCUGGCAAAUCACUUGCACCUUUGUGAAUCGCAUUGCCCAUCGUGAAACAGUGAUCAUUGCCUAUGUGUAAAAUAUCUUUUAUACAGUAACUUGGGAUUAAGAGGUGUUACUAAAGCAAGGCAUACAGAUAUUAGAGGAAAAUAUCUGUUAAGAGACAGCUACUGUUGCAUCUGUGCAUCUACUGCUAAGUUUUACAUGAAAGUCGUUUUCUUUUCAGAGUGUAAAAAAAUGGAUUUGGCCAACCAUGGACUUAUUCUGCUGCAGCAACUAAAUGCUCAGAGAGAGUUCGGUUUCCUGUGUGACUGCACUGUUGCCAUUGGUGAUGUCUACUUCAAGGCACACAAAUCAGUCCUCGCUUCUUUCUCCAACUACUUCAAGAUGUUGUUUGUUCAUCAAACCAGUGAAUGUGUCCGUUUGAAAGCAACUGACAUACAGCCAGAUAUCUUCAGUUAUCUCUUGCAUUUGAUGUACACUGGGAAGAUGGCACCACAACUCAUUGACCCAGUUCGACUAGAACAGGGAAUAAAGUUUCUGCAUGCAUAUCCACUAAUUCAAGAGGCCAGCCUUGCAAGUCAGGGAACUUUUUCUCACCCGGAUCAAGUUUUUCCAUUAGCAUCUUCAUUAUAUGGCAUUCAGAUUGCAGAUCACCAGAUAAGACAUCCCACUAAGGUUACAUCAGCGGCUGACAAACUCGGGCGAGAACCAAGGCCACAGACAUCGCGGAUGAACCAAGAGCAGGUUUCUGAAAGCUCACAGCUCUCGCAGUUAGCCACAACUCUGCCACAAGUGACCCGGACAAAUAUGUCCACUUCUGACCCAUUGCCAUCUUCUUUAUCUCCAGAAUUGGUAUCUGCUGCUGGUAAUAAUUCACCUGCAGGAGAAGAGGCCAACAUGGAAGCAUCUUCUUCAGAUGAACAGCCUGCCUCACUCACAAUAGCACAUGUCAAGCCAAGCAUUAUGAAAAGGAACGGAAGCUUCCCAAAAUACUAUGCCUGUCACCUCUGUGGUCGCCGGUUCAAUUUACGAAGCAGUUUGCGUGAGCACCUGCAAAUCCACACGGGAGUUCCCUUCACAUCUAGCCAGCAGGGAGAAAGUAAUAUUUCUUUGUCUCUCUGUAACAACACAGCUGAUAAAGAUGCAAUGGAAGUGCCUGAAGCAGGGAUGAUUAGUGACAGCGAGUUGCAGCAGAUCUCAGACUCCCCAAUAAUUGAUGGGCAGCAGCAGUCAGAGACACCUCCCCCCUCUGAUAUCGCAGACAUUGACAACUUGGAGCAGGCAGAUCAAGAGAGGGAGGUAAAGAGACGGAAAUACGAGUGUUCCAUCUGUGGUCGCAAAUUUAUUCAGAAAAGCCACUGGAGGGAGCACAUGUACAUACACACAGGCAAGCCCUUCAAGUGUAGCACUUGUGACAAAAGCUUUUGUAGAGCUAACCAGGCUGCCAGACACGUGUGCCUAAACCAGAGCAUGGACACGUACACGAUGGUGGAUAAACAGACUCUGGAACUCUGUACCUUUGAGGAAGGCAGUCAAAUGGACAACAUGUUAGUACAGACCAACAAGCCCUACAAAUGUAACUUGUGUGACAAAACGUUUUCAACUCCCAAUGAAGUAGUCAAGCAUUCGUGCCAAAAUCAAAACUCUGUCUUUACACUAGAAGAAGAUCGCUCCAUUCUGCUAGGUGGUGGGGACACAGAAGCCACAGAGACUGAUAACGCAGUGUUAGCCUCCAUCAAAAAGGAGCAAGAAGCAGUGUUGUUAGACUGAAUGUGAAACCUAUAUCAAUUUUUUAAAGUUUCUUUACUCAUUUUUUAUUAAAUCGAUUUUUUCCUUCCCUUACCUCUUACCUCACUUACCCCUUCCAUCUUUUCCACCAACAUCCUUCCCACCCUUUGUCUUCAGCAACCAGAACUGUACUGGCGCAUUAGGAAAUUGGACUUUGCCUCUCCCACCAAAACAAACAAAAAGCUCUUGCAUCAAACCACAACGAAAUUGAUUUUAAUACAAAGGAACAUGUGAAAAAUAAUCCAGCUAACUAUGUUGAUAGUAUUAGUUAAUCCAAAUUUCAUAGAUUUUAAAUUAAAUUUAGAUUGCUUAAAAGUGUAUUUAGAUACAGUGAUGACUGUAACGAGAAACAGAGUUAUCAGUUUGGUAAGUGAAGGAUAUAUGUAUUUUAGUUUCCCUGGUAGAAGGCAUUUUGAGAUCUGGCAAAAUAAACACCGUGCUUUUUACAAGUCCACAUGCAAGUUGAUUACGGUUAUAACCUAAAGCCCUCAGAACUUUUCUCAAGGAGAGCAAAAGUCUCUGUUCAUUGAGUUAAAAAGAGCUGAAGGAGUUGGGUUUCUUUUAGCCAUACAUUUUCCCUCAAGUAUGCCUUUGGGUAUCUGUUUUGGAGCCAAGCAAAGCAGCUGCUUAGCCAAAUUUUGACUUAAGUAGCUAUAAUAGUAAUGUGAUGGCAAUCUUUAUAUAUAUAAAUACUGUGUAUGUGUAAAGAUAUAUACAUAUACAUAUAUAUAUAAAGUGUUCGUGUGUAUAUUUGGUACAGGUAAAUAAAUGCACACAUCCUUUUUAAGUAACUGGCCACCUACUCUCAGAUUCAGCCUGGAAUGUCUUUUAGUCAUUUGGUAAAACUAGUCAUUGCACAGGUUAGUUUUAAUCAAAUUUAAAACGUCCUGGGCUGUGUGCAUUUUUAUUGACCUGUUGAAGAGAAGCUAAUAAGUAAGUGUUGUCACCCAAGCUACCAAGGAAACUAGAGAGGUGACAUACUGGUGAGCACUGCACCAUCAUUAGUGCAGCACAUGCAUGUGUUGUUAGCUAUAGGUUUGAGUCAUUCUGGAUGAAAGGAGAAAGAAAAGCUUUAUUCCCUUGCUCUGGCAAGGAGUGUCCAUGAUUUCAUUUGGUCUAAUGGCAUGAGUUAAGAGGGAGAAAAAAGAGUGUUCUAGCAACAGGUGAUCAUGGUUGUUUUAAAGUGAAUCUGUAGUGCUGGCUGGCAAAUUGUGAGAGCCCUGUUAUUUUGAAAGCCAAGACAAAGUCUGCAAAAAGUGAGAGGAUGACUUCUGUAGUUUUGGUUACUGCUGAUGGUCGCACUGCAUCUUUGUGUUAAAAAUCAAGUUGUUGAUUUUUUUAUUAUUUCAAAUAGAUGCCCAGAUUUUUUUGCUGGUAGCCUAAAAACCUACACUGACGGCAGCAGUGAAGCCCACCGAGCAAUUACUGGGCCAACAGAAGGUGUAAGUGGACAGAAAAAGUGCCCCGUCAUAAAUGGAGACAGUGUGUGUUUUGGGGGGAGGGGUGGGAGAGGGCAAGUCACAAACCACAGCUCUUCUCUGUGUAUAUGUUUAAACUGAAUAUCAUCUUUUUGUGUAUAGUUAAGUUCUCAGAUUUGUAAGUUUUUAUACAUUAUUUCAUUGAAUAAAAACUGAAUUAAAUGG